CUAAGCGUGGAAGUACACGGUUUGGAACUCCACGGUUUGGAACUCAACCGUGUGUGUAAGAGGGGGCGUUUCAUAAUAGUGAGGGAUAAAGGCAGUUUGUUUUGGAUGGGGGACAGUCAGGGGGGAAGAGUCUGCCUCCAUAACUCACAGAAGCAAGCAUAGAGAACCAAGUCUUUUAUUUUGCCUUUUAGAUGUACUCCCGACUCUCUCCUGACACCCUCUGGGUCCCGCUGCUCGGCCUCCCACUCCUACUGCUCCCUGCAGCGCUCACUGCAAAAUGCCCGCAACAGUGCGUAUGCGACCAAAUCCAGCUCACCGUGACGUGCGUCAACAAGAACCUGACCCAAGUGCCUUCGACAGUGGACGAGAUCACAGUCAAAUUAGAUCUUCGGGGGAACGACAUCCAGGAACUCCCCACUGGAGCUUUCAGACACACACCUUACCUGACUCACCUGUCGCUGCAGCGCUGUAACAUCCGCAGGGUGAAAGAAGGCGCCUUUCGAGGUCUCGGCCGCCUGGUUUUUCUCAACCUUGCAAACAACGACGUUGACAUUCUCUACCAGGAGUCCUUUGAUGGUCUGUCUUCGCUGAAGCAGCUCAUGAUUGACCGGAACCGCGUGGAGGAGAUCCAGCCCGGAGCUUUCUCUCAGCUCGGCUUCCUCAACCUGCUCUCGCUUUCACACAACCAGCUGGUCUACAUUCCCAACAUGGCCUUCCAGGGUUUGCAGAACAUCAAGUGGCUUCGUCUAAGUCACAACUCUCUAAACUAUCUGGACACGGAGGCCUUUGCGGGUCUUUUCACACUCAACCGUCUCAGUCUGGACCACAACGAACUGCAGUUUUUCCCCACGGAGACAAUGACCAGAUUACCUCAAGUGACCCGUGUGGAUCUGGGUUACAACCCCAUGACUUACCUGGGUGAGGAGUCAGUGUCGAUGAUCAAGCUAACCCACCUUUUCCUGGACCACAUGUCCCUGCAGGACCUGGCCAACACAGCUGUAUCCAAGUCCCCCAGCCUGACCCACUUGGACCUCAGCCACAACCAGCUACGUGUCAUCCAACCCUUCACCGAGGGCACUCCUAACCUGGCACGGAUCCACCUGGCUAGGAACCCUGUCUACUGCAACUGCUACAUGAGGCCGCUCAGGGAAUGGGCUAUCAGCCGGAAGGUAAAGUUGAUUGGAACAUGUGCAGGACCCUCACAUCUCUCUGGGGAGAACCUGGAGGCUGUCUACCCACAGGAGCUGCGCUGUCAGAGCCAGGAGGCCAUGCUGAAGGUGGAGUUUGAGGAGGCAAAUAGACGGGCGCCACCGCCGACAGAAGAGCCGGAGAGAAAGGUCAAGUGUCCUGCUAACUGCGUCUGUGACGCCGAAAACCAUCACUCGUCCUGCGAGAACCGCGCCCACACCAAAGUUCCCCGCGGUUUCUCUGCCAACACGCGGCUCCUUGACCUGCGUGGCAACAACUUCCACUACAUCCCUAGCAACAGCUUCCCUGGCGUGUCCCAGGUGGUGUCCCUGCACCUGCAGCGCUGCAAGGUGGUGGACGUAGAGGAUGGCGCUUUCAGCGGCAUGAAGGGCCUCAUCUACUUGUACCUCUCUGAGAAUAACAUCUCAUCCCUAAGACCUGAAGCCUUUAAAGGCCUCCUUCAGCUGACUUACCUGCACUUGGAGAAGAAUAGCUUCAGUAUCUUCCCUAAAGGGGCCUUCAAACUGCUCCCGGGGCUUCUCACGCUCCAUUUGGAGAAUAACUCCAUCGCCAAGCUAGAGGCAAACAUCCUGAGCGGCGCGGAGGGCCUCAGGUCUCUCUAUCUUAACGGAAACGCCAUCAACCACGUGUCUCCUAAGGCUCUGGAGCAGGCCAGCCAUCUGGACACGCUCCACCUGGCAGGGAACAAGCUGAAAGAGGUGCCUACUGAAGCCCUGAGCAACGCCAGGAACCUGAAGGACCUGAGGCUGUCAAGAAACGCCAUUCGAUGGGUGGGACCAAACGCUUUCCAGCCUUUAGCGAGCUCGCUGAGGGAACUUUAUUUGGAUAAUAUGGGCCUGGAGAAGAUGUCACAGAGCUCCCUGGCAGGCUUGGCUUUGAGGGGUCUCUUCCUGGAGGGCAACCAGCUGGAGCAGGUACCUGACCUCCACCCGAUCACCUCUUUGGAAGUCAUCAACCUGGCCGACAAUCCUCUGAUGUGUGACUGCCCUCUGCUGCCACUGCGUCUCUGGAUUGAAAAAGUAAACCUGAAAGUACGAGCCACCUGUGCCAACCCACCUGAACUAAGGGGCCGCAGAGUCCAAGACGUCCACGUUUUCAAGGCAUGUCCAGGAGGUGACGCUCUCCCUUCUCCUCCCAGCAUCGCCCCAAAGCGGGCCAAGGCGCCCAAAAUUACUAAACCUAAGCCGACACCCCUCAGCACCUUUAAGCGGGGCAAGAUGCUCAAAUCCAAAACCAACCUUGGCAAGAACCCAAGACUUAAAGCUGGAAAGAAAACCAAGAGACGUAGCCUUGUGUGAACCCGCAGUGUGCAGUUAUACUUUUAUUUUGAAAUAACCCAUAGCAUUAGAUACACAUACCCACUGAGGAGGUUUUUAAAAAGUGAUAAUCAAUACAUAAUUGUGUGACAUUGGCUUGCAAAGCUAACAUAUCUGUUUAAAAAUAAAAAGCAAAAAUGUCCAAAUACAUACAUUGUAGCGACACUGAUGACCACAACAACAGCUGCACUAAAGACAAAAUGAGGUAGUUAAAAUACAUACAACACUACAGACAAGCACAAUUUACAUGAAUAUAUUGAGUAUGUCACUUCCUUUGUUAUAGAUAUUUAUUUUACUCACUCCAAACAAGAGAAUUCAGCUUUUCUUCAGUCUUUAAUGGUUUUAGAACUAUUUUGCUCUUGCAUUCCACCUUCUGUUCGACUGGAGCUCGACUGGAGAUCGGGGUCUCCAUCUCUAUGUCCUCCACUUUUACUUCCACUUCGCUGACUGAAGUGGAAAAACUCAUCAGGUUAACACACAGUACAAGUUUAUGUACAUGUUUUAUUCAACUUAACCUCCUGAGAUCUGGCAGUGUUUUGUUUUUGCACAUUUUGCAGCCUUACUUCAAAUACAAACACCAGACUUGCAAAUAAUACUGAAACAACUGUAAAGACGGUAGGGAAGCAAAAAGGUGUCACAUAAGGAGAAAAAGUUAUGUUCAUACUGAUAACAAAGCUGACGUACAGGCUGUUUUUUAUUUAUGUAUAUAUAUAUACAUAUACAUACAUUAGGGCUGCUAAUCUUUGGGUGUCCCACGAUUCGAUUCAAUAUCGAUUCUUGGGGUCACGAUUCUAUAAUAUAUUGAUUUUUUCGAUUCGAUUCUCGAUUCAAAAACGAUAUUUUUCCGAUUCAAAACGAUUCUGUAUUCAUUCAAUACAUAGGAUUUCAGCAGGAUCUACCCCAGUCUGCUGACAAGCAAGCAGAGUAGUAGAUUAAAAAAAAAAAGUUUUUAUUAUUGUAAAUGACAAUGUUUUAUCAACUGAUUGCAAUAAUGUAAAUUUGUUAUAACUAUUAAACGAACCAAAAAUAUGACUUAUUUUAUCUUUGUGAAAACAUUGGACACAGUGUGUUGUUAAGCUUAUGAGAUGCGAUGCAAGUGUAAGCCACUGUGACACUAUUGUUCUUUUUUUAUUUUUGUAAAUGUCUAAUGAUAAUGUCAGUGAGGGAUUUUUAAUCACUGCUAUGCUGAAAUUAUAACUAAUAUUGAUACUGUUGUUGAUAAUAUUCAUUUUUGUUUCACUA